AUGCGUCUGUCGCUCAUUUUCACGGCUAUCGCUGUCCUAUCGGACUCGGUUGUUGGUUCCUCGAUCCCAAAAGCCCACAACCCCUUUAUCGCCAAGCGUGUCGACUCUACGGAAUAUGACUAUGUAGUCGUCGGAUCAGGUGCAGGAGGUGGUCCCGUUGCCGCCAACCUCGCCAUCGCCGGUUACAAAGUCCUUCUCAUUGACGCUGGAGGCGAUUCUGGAGAUGACCUUGUCGAGAGAGUCCCCGCCCUGAACUUGGCGUCUUCGGAAUUCGAGAAGACCCGCUGGAACUACUUCGUCAACCACUACUCCGACCUCGACCAGCAGAAGCGAGAUUCGAAGAUGACAUACGAGAAGUCUGAUGGUAGCUUGUACAUUGGUGGCGAGCCGCCCAAGGAUGCUAAGGCUUUGGGUAUCCUGUAUCCCCGCAGUGGUACUCUUGGUGGAUGCACACGACACAACGCACUCAUCUCGAUCCUUCCUCACGAUUCCGACUGGACCAACAUCGCUACUCUUACUGGCGAUAGCUCUUGGAACCCCAAGAACAUGCAAUCUUAUUUCAAGAAGCUGGAGAGGAACAGAUACUUGCCUAGUAGUAUCAUUGGCCAUGGCUUCAACGGUUGGCUCGGAACAUCUUUGACCUCUUUGCACUUGGUCGUCGAGGAUCUGAAGUUCCUCUCUCUGGUCAUCUCUGCCGCUACUGCCAUGGGUAAGAGCCUUCUUGGACUCGUUCUCAACACUGUCACUGGCCUUGGCAACAUCCUGGUUGCCGACAUCAACGCCCCUGGUCAGACAAGUCGACCUGGUCUCUACCAGGUCCCGCUUGCGAUGUCCGAUUCUGUUCGAAGCAGUCCUCGUGAAUUGAUCCUUGAUACUGCCAACGCUGUCAACAAGGAUGGUUCUCGCAAGUACCACCUUGACAUCAAGCUCAACACUCUGGUCUCAAAGAUCCGUUUUGAUAAGAGCGGCUCCAAGCCUCGUGCUGCUCGAGUGGACUACCUCGAAGGACCUAGCCUCUACAGCGCCGACCCUCGCUCUACCUCCGACAAGUCCACCGAUACUGGCAGCGUUAACGCUAAACGGGAAGUCAUCAUCUCUGCUGGUGCCUUCAACACCCCCCAACUGCUUAAGCUCAGCGGUGUUGGACCCAAGAAGGAGCUCGAGUCUUUUGACAUCCCUGUCGUCGUUGACCUUCCUGGUGUCGGAACCAACCUCCAGGAUCGUUAUGAGGCUACAGUCAUUGGAAAGAGUGAGAAGGACUUCAAGAUUACAUCCAAGUGCACCUUCAUGACAACCGACCCUGAUCCUUGUCUGGAGGAUUACAAGAAGGGUAAGACACCUCUCGGAAAGGGCGUCUACGCUACCAACGGAAUUGCUCUUGCUGCUGUGAUGAAGUCUUCUGUCGCCGAGGACGAGCCUGACCUGCUCAUCUCUGGUGGCCCAGCCAAGUUCACAGGAUACUUCCAUAAUUACUCCCGCGAGGCCCUUAACGAUGCUAAGCACUGGUCUUGGAUCGUUCUCAAGGCUCACAGCCGUAACAAUGCCGGAACCGUCACCCUGAAGUCCAAGGACCCCCAAGAUAUGCCCCUCAUCAACUUCAACUACUACGACACCGGUGUCAACGCGAACGGAGAAGGCGACAAGGAUCUUCAAGCCACCUACGAAGGAUUCCAAUGGGGCCGCAAGGCUUUUGACAAGCUGAUCCCUCUUGACGGUGACUUCGAUGAAGUCUGGCCCGGACGAAAUGUUACAAAGAAGGAGGAUAUCAAGCAGUACAUCAAGAACGAGGCUUGGGGUCACCACGCUUCUUGCACUUGCCCCAUCGGUGCUGAUGAUGAUCCUAUGGCUGUUUUGGAUUCUCAGUUCAGGGUUCGUGGUGUUGAAGGUUUGAGAGUUGUUGAUGCCAGUGUUUUCCCCAAGAUUCCUGGCUUCUAUAUCGCCCUGCCUCUUUACAUCGUUGCUGAGAAAGCUAGCGAUGUCAUCGUCAAGGCUGCCAAGUCUGCUUAG